CGGCAGCUGCCCGCCAUGUUUACCGAGGUGCAUGCUGGGGCAGUCUCCGUGGCAACGCGGGCCCACAGACUACCCUGAGGCUUGGGGCGAGCAAAGAUUGUCACCAUGCUCCGGGCUCCCGCCGCGUCCGCGCCCCUGCCGAGCCCUGAGUACUACGAGAGGGUGGGCCGCCUCCAACAAGGGCUGCGCGACAGUGAAAAGAAGAGACUAGAUCUGGAAAAGAAACUUUAUGAGUAUAAUCAGUCUGACAUAUACAGACUUAAGCUGAAAUAUGUAAAACUAAAGAAAUACCUGAAGGAAAUAUGUGAAUCUGAAAGGAAGGCUCGUACUCGAAACCAAGAAUAUUUAAAGCAGCUGGAGCAUGUUCAAGCUCAUGUUGGACGCUUUAUCACCAGUUCAGAAAAGCUUCAGGAACUGAAGAUUGAAUAUGAGACUCAAAUAAAGAAGGUGCAGCUGAUCUCCAAAGAUAGCCUGGGAAUAAAAGGUGAACUGAAAGACGAGGGCAGAGAAAAGAUUGCGGUGCCAGUUGGAAUUAACUCCAGGACGUCUAUGUCAAGAGGGUUGUACCAGCCAGCAACAAUCUUUAUGGGCCGCCAAAUGUCAGCCCUCUCAAGCAUUGGAGAGUUCAGCACAGAGCAGGAAUUUGCCCAGCUCACAAAGAACUUCUCAACUCCUGACUCACAUUCACACCGACAGACAGCCCCAAACAGCAGAGUGACAGACAGUUGUGGAGUACAAACUCCUAGUGACACGCAGUGCUUAGCUAAGUCUGACAAAGUAGAUGGCAAGACAUCUCUUCAGAUUGACGAGAAGACUCCAGUCACUGCCCCGGCACUGGGUGAGGAGGUACAGACUCACUGCCUGGAGAUAGGAAGCAACCCAAGGCACAGCGAGAGUCAUUCUUCUGAAGGUAGAAAGUCUGCUGAACUCCAUUCCUUGCCACAGCACAGAUUAAGUCCCAAGAACUCAACCAGUGAUUUAAAGUGUGACAGUUGCAGCAGAUCAGAAGGAUCAGAGCGAGGAAGACUGACACAAGAGCAUAUUGAAGUCGAGGAAGAAAGCGCCAGCCUGCCUGUCUCUGCCCUAUCAGUUUCUGAGCACAGUGCAUCUGGAAAUACGAGGUCUCCAGGGACACGUUCUGCCAGGCCCGCUUCUCCAGGUCACCUCACCCCUGGGGACCUAGAGUUACACAAACCCUUGGAGCACCUGCAGGAGGAGCAGGAGGAGGAAAGUAGCAGCAGCAGCAGCAGCAGCAGCAGCAGUAGCCUCACGGUCUCCAUCAGUGAAGAUGACCUGAUUUUACAGAGCCUAGAACCACAGCCAAAUCGGGGUGCCCAGAUGGAGAGAGAAGGUGGGAUCCAGGCCUUCGCCCUAAUCCACACUGAGCAGGAAAGAGAUGUUCUUGCCACUGGAAAGAACGCUGGUGUUUUGCAAACUCUGAGCUCACUUGAUUCAGAAAAGGCGGUCUGCUCUAACUCACCGAGACAAUAUGAACGGGUACUAGACCCCAGCCUCCCGAGUGCACCCUGUGGCCAGCCUGCCACCAGCCUGAAACAACUCAGCCAGUCUCUCUGCGAAGAGGCAGCAGCAGUGGCACUUAGCAGAGAUCUCACAGCAGAGUGUGAAGCUGGCACGGUCGCAUGCAGUGAUGGGUCGUGGUGGGGCGUGCCAUCUGUUCUGCAGGAGGGCACAGGGCUGGAGGGAACAAGACCUGCGUUCCGGCUCAGCAGCCUUUGCACAAGGGACCAAGAUGAAGAUGAGAGCGAACAAGAAAGCUUGAACACAAAGGUACCAGUCACAGAAACAGAAGCCUACCAGUUGCUGAAAAAGUCCACCCUUCAGGAAUGCACAGGUCAGAUGGGAGGCAGGCUCCAAGGGGCACCCACCACUGCAGCACAGUUUCCAGGUCUCAACACGGGCAGCAAUGCUUUCCAGAUGAAGACAGCUCACCAAGUUGCCUCGGAAGCUAGUUUCUCAACGUGCAAAGGAAGUCCUUUGUUAAGGCUGUUUCUUUCUUUUACAGGCAUGAAGACAAAAAGAAAUUAGUGACCCAUUUGAAGUCGAAUGCCUUCUGGGGGGAGUCUGAUGACAGUAACUCAGAAAUCGAAGCUGCUUUACGUCCCAGAAGCCAGUACACGUCUGCUGAUGAUUUCGAUGACUUUUAUAACUAAUAAGUGGUAACGUCUGCUGGAAAUAAAGCCUUUAAACUAACUGAAACCCUCUUUUAUGUGUGAAAUGGUGCAGAAACUUUGAGAAACAGUCCUCAGAAAGUUAAACAUAAGAGCUACCCCUGACCUAACCACUCGAAGAAGUAUUAUUCACGAACUAAAAAGUGGAACACCUCAAAUAUCCAUCACACAGUAAAUGGAUGAGCAAAAUGUGGUCUAACCAUACAAAAGAAUAUCAUUGCUCAAUUAAAAAAAGAAUGGAUACUGACACAUACUGCAAUACAGAUACACCUGGAAACCAUGAAGCAGAAGAAUUCCGAUGCAGAAGAUCAUGUGGCUUAGGAGUCACGUGGAUGGUGUGGCCAGGAUAGUGAAAUCCAUAGAGCCAGCAGAUGCUUGGUUGUCUAGGCCUGGGAUUGAGAGGAGAGAGGCCUGACUACUCGAAGUGUGGCGAGUUGUGUUCUAAAAUUGAUGGCAGUUGUGCAACUCUGAAUAAACUGGAAACUAUGAUCAUGUGCUUUAAAUGGGUAAAUUACUGGGGAUUUAGCUCAGUGGCAUAAGCGCCUACCUGGCAAACAUGAGGUCAUGAGUUUGAUCCUUGGUCCCCAAAAAAUAAAUAGAUGAGUUGUGUUAUCA